UUGAUGAGCUUCAGGCAGUCUCUCCAGCGUUGAAAAUGCGAAUCCUGGAAGUGCCUUCUUGGUGACGGAGCUGCCUUGCCAAAUGAACCGAGCAUUGAGGAGGUUGCAGAGCCUUCUGGUCUCGCCUCCCCGGCUGCCGCGACCCUCACAAGCGGCUCACGAGCCCUAAGAUCGCCGCGUCAAUUCGAAGGCUGAGAUGGACCCGAUAAAGAGCUCAAGCUCAAUCAGACGUCCUUGCAAAACGUCUUGGAAGGAACUCAUCCUUCGACACGCCGUUCAUACGUCAGAGAUGGAGCCCUUUCAAUACGGCGACGUUCGCAGAGGCAAGAAGCGGUAUCAACGAAUUAAAGGCGCGUGCCCGCGAACAAGGCCUCCAACUCGGUCACGCGGAAUGUCUCGCCCAGUUAAGGAAAGGGCAUCAAGAGCUGGUGCAAGACGCUGCCCGCUCGCGCAGGAAGAGCAGGGCAGGGUAGGUGGAGAGACAGCUGCGUCCUUCAGCAACGGCCUUGCCCGCGAGCUGGAAGCGGAAGCGCAUGAGGGCUCCAAACGAAGGGGCGAUGGAGAGGGCGACGGAAACUUGGUGUCCAGGUCGCCCGAAGAGGCAUGCUCAUGCUGAAACACGACCACGAGCCUAGCCUAGGUGGAAGACAACUGAUGCAGGAGCAGGGAGACUUGCGCAGCGCUGGCGGACUCGAUGCUUGGUCAGGUGUACGAAGCAGGACGAGCGGUCGUCUCGAUGCUUCGCAUCGGCC